ACAACUGCAAAUAUACACACAACUUGCUUCAGCCGUGCCGAUGAGUUGGCCAAUCAAGCAAUCAGUUUGAAAGCCAAGACUGCCCGACUGGGUCGUGGUUGGACGAUAAGUCUUUAUCGCAAAGGGGGUGUUAUUGAGCCCAGCGGUCAUCGGUAUGUUAUGGACAUGCUGAGUGCGACAGAGCUACCCUCCGAUUGGUUUUCACUUUCCGGUCUGAGUCCAGAUCAGACCUUCCUCGGAACGACCAUGGAUCCCUCACAACAUGCCCUUGGGCCUCCCUUCGUCGGCACCCUGCGAGAUGCCGACGCUUACAAAUCUGCGCGAAACUUUAGUAGAAGUGUACAAAUGCGCUACCCGUCGCUUGCUCGAAGAAAUAGGAGAGCAGGUGAUGAAAUGAAAGCAAGACCUCCAAUUCGAAAUUCCGGUAGAGAGAGCUCUUGGUCGCGUAAAAUGAGUGGAUCUCUUGCCUCUUCGAUCCACGGUAUUAAUGAUAAUGCUCUUCUCAGUGACGCUGAGAGUGCAUUGGAGGAUUUUCGCGAAUCUGCAUCUUUGCUAUCCAGUUAUGACCCAUCAACUGACUGA